AUGUCAGUCGCGAGGUCGCGGCAGGCGCCGUUACAGACACCCACGCCAAAUCCUCCGCAUACAGGGGUGCUGGGUGUUGCGCUCGCUGUGGAUGUAGUCGACGAUGUAUCCGUAGUUAAGGAAACGGUUGUAGUGCUGAAUGACGACGAAGAAGAUGAUGACGAGGAUGAUGGGCUGCUAGUCGACGUGCUCGAAUCACUGGAUGUUGAAGUGAUGAUAGUGAUCGUCGACAGCGAGGAGGACGAGUCUGUGGUGCUUAAUGAGAACGACGACGAACUGCUAGUAGACGUGCUCGAAUCACUGGAGGUUGGACUUGUGAUCGUAAUUGUUGGCGGCGAGGAGGACGAGUCUGUAGUGCUUGAUGAGGAUGAGGAUGAACUGCUGGCAGACGUGCUCGAAGUACUAGAGGUCGGGGUAAUGGUACUGGACGAUGGCAGCGAAGACGAUGAGUCGGUGCUGCUCGUUGAAGAUGACGAAGACGAUGAAGCGCCAGUCGAUGUGCUCGAAGCACUGGAAGUCGGAGUCAGAGUAGUGGUUGAUGACAAUGACGACGAGGAGUCCGUGCUACUCGUUGCAGAUGACAAACUACUACUUGCAGAUGAACUGGAGUCGCUAGAGGUAGGCGUUGCACUGCUUGAAGAUGAGGGUUCAGUACUACUAGUCGAGCUUGUCGAGACGCUGCUGGAGGAGCUCGAUAUGUCGGAUGUGCUUGAUAAAGAGCUGCUGGAAGAGCUUUCGGAUGACGUAGUAGCUGACGAGGAGCUUGGUGUCAUGGAGGAUGAUGAAGACAUGGAAAAGCUUGACAUGCUGCUUGUAACAGGGACUUCUCCCGAGGAAGUCGAGGAGCUGCUUGAUACCGUGAACGAGGUGCUUGAAGUGGCGGAGGGCUCAGUCGAAGUACUAGAUGAGCUACUCGAACUUGUGCUGGAUACAUCGCUUGUGAUGGAUGAUGAUGUGCUCGAACUACUGGACAAGCUGCUAGAUGAGCUGCUUGAGCUAGAAGACGAACUUCCAGGUGUUGUAGAUGAAGAGCUGGGGGAACUGGAUACAGUCGGUGUGCUUGACGAGCUGCUAGACUCAGUCGACGAUGCUGAAGAGCUAGAGCUGGAUGAAGUUGGCGUGGUAGACGAGCUAGACGAGCUACUACUGUCGGUCGAGGAUACUGAAGAGCUUCCUGUGCUAGACAAACUACUAGAAGUCGCGGACGAAGAGAUGGAUGAGCUGGUCACUGUUGGCAUGCUAGACGGACUACUAGACUCAGUCGAAGAUGCUGAAGAACUGCCGAUGCUGGACGACGAUGUAGCCGAGCUUGAAGAACUAUCCGUGCUCGUAGAUGACGAGAAAAUUGAGCUAGUGCUGCUCGAAACACUACUGGGUACCGAAGAAGAGGUAACCAUGCUCGACGUUGAAGAGCUCAUUGAAGACGAUGGCGUGAUGACUGGACAAGACGUCCCAGUAAUCGAAACGCUGGUAUACGUUGUAGUCUCAAUAUUGGUAACAGUCUACAACGUGAUCAGCCAUUACCCAUUGCACACUGGAAAAAGCUUACGGUUCCAAGAUAGGUGA